GACAUUUUCUCGCUGGGUUGCGUUAUAGCGGAGGUGUUCUGCGACGGCAAGGCACUUUUCGACCUGUCGGCACUGCUGUCGUACAGACGUGGUGACGCCGCCGCUGACCUGGCGUCAGGCGGCGCGCUGGCGGCAGUGGAUCCUGAUAUACGGCGACUUGUACUGCACAUGAUCCAAUUGGAUCCAGCUGCCCGCUGGCCCGCCGCCAAGUACCUCUCCGACUGGCCCGAGCCGCUCUUUCCGCCGUACUUUUCGUCCGUACUACACCCGUUCUUCGCUUCACUGCUGCCGUUGGACGCGGAUGCCCGAGUGGCCGCCACCGCCGCCGCCUUCCCGCGGCUACGGCGGGAGAUCCUGGCAGCGGCGGCUGCGGUGACGCCUUCGUCAGCUGCUGAGAAGGCCGCCGCCGCCACUGCGGCGCCGGCGGGUAGUACGGGUCUUGCGGACGGAAUGACGGCGCAGCCGCUGCAGCCGCCGGCGACGUCCCGCCAGCAGCAGGAUGGGGCGACUGGUACCGCUGUGUCAGCAGUAGCGGCGGCGGUUGUGUCGGCGGCGGCUGCGCCGCCGCCGCCGUCGGGCAACUCUGGCAGCGGCGGAAUGCUGGUCAGCGGCGCCGCUGCCGGCGGGGUUGGCAGCGGUACGGCGGGGCUGUGGAGCCUCCUGGACGAGGUAGGAGCGCUGCUGGCGGAUAACGGCAGCAUGGUACGGCGUUUCAAGGUUCGAGAGCCUUGGGGCAACUGGCAGGGGGCCUCCUCAGACGACGACAUGGCGCUGCUGGGGUGUGCCGUCGGCGGGGCGGGCGGCGGUCGCGCCGGUGGCGACGGCGGCGGCGGCGGCAGCAGCAGCAGCGCCUGGCGUGGUCGUGAGGAGGUGGAGUUGCCGCGUGGUGGGGGUUGGCAGUGGGCUGGGGAGUGGACCGUGGAUAUGCGGGGGGGCCAGCCGCACGGCGGCGGGCCGGCGGCGGCGGCGGCGACGACGCUGUUGGUGGACGCAGACGGCUGGGAGUACCGUUCGACGACAG